AUGACCAAUUAUCAGCUGAUAUCACAGCACACUGUUUACAAAAUUGAAAUACAGUACUCAAAGUAUGGCAGGGGGGAAAAACCCCACACCAAUAAUUGGGCAGUCUUGGUUGAUACUUCACGAUUUUGGUUUAACUAUCGCCAUGUGGCCAAUGUGCUAUCGAUGUAUCGAUCAGUCAAAAGACUGGGAAUCCCUGAUAGCCAGAUCAUCCUUAUGGUGGCAGAUGACAUGGCCUGCAAUCCUCGAAAUCCUCGUCCAGCAACAGUCUUUAACAAUGCACAUCAGCAUAUAAAUGUAUAUGGUGAAGAUGUGGAAGUGGAUUACAGAGGAUAUGAGGUAACAGUUGAAAACUUUGUGAGACUUCUUACUGGACGUUUAACUCCAAGCACUCCUCGCUCUAAGAGACUUUUGACAGAUGAUGGCUCGAAUAUACUGAUUUAUAUGACAGGCCAUGGAGGAGAUGGUUUUUUAAAGUUCCAGGAUUCAGAAGAAAUAACCAAUGUUGAAUUGGCAGAUGCUUUUGAACAGAUGUGGCAGAAGCAGAGGUACAAUGAAAUCCUCUUCAUCAUUGACACAUGCCAAGCAGCAUCUAUGUAUGAACACUUUUACUCACCAAAUAUAUUGGCCAUUGCAUCAAGCUUAGUUGGUGAAGAUUCAUUGUCGCAUCAUGUUGAUCCAGCAAUUGGUGUGUACAUCAUAGAUCGUUUUACAUACUAUGCCCUGGACUUUCUUGAGAAAGUUACACCUGACAGUAAGAAGACUCUAGCCCAGUUUCUUCAAGUUUGUCCAGCGAGUAUGCAUAUCUACUGUUGUGUCCGACGAGACCUUUACAAGAGAGAUCCAAAUAAUGUACUUGUCACAGAGUUCUUUGGCUCGGUGAGGAAUGUAGAGCUGUUUGAUAACCUUUUGAACUUCCCAGUCUGUGGUUCCUACAAUAUGUCAAAGUUUGUACCUGUGAAAGAGGACGCUAGCACCAGAGAAGGAGGUCCACUAAUGUAUGCAGACCAGCUUCCCAUACAUCGGAUAUCAUGAGU